UAUUCUUAGAACCAAGCCGCUUGAUGCUAAAUGAACAGUUUUAGUUUCGUUUCUCUGCAUAAGUGGGCGGGGCUUAAGGACGCUUUAAAAGAACGUUCUGCUCCACAAUGCGUUUAUUAAAGGAGAGUGUGUCUACGGCUAGCACUCACGCACACGGAGGCUGACAGCUCCCUCUGCGCUGUGGACACUUUCACCUUCACUGGAUUGCACAUUUGGGAUUAAACUGAAGCAAAAACGGGUGCCAGUGUGGUGGUCAGAAAUGGGAGAGGGUUUGGGUCCUUCUGUAGGAUGGUAGCCAACAGCGCAGAGGACAAGCAUCACUUGUCAAGCUCCUCAAGCUCAGCAUCACCAGACCCAGAACUGCUUCAGCACCAGGAGGAUGCUCCAAACCCCAAGCAGAAGUCUGCAUCCGUCACCUGCAAGUACCGCACCCACUUCCCCACGUUCAACUGCAAGGAGGACUGCAGCAUCAUCACGGACACGGCGUCCCAGCUGGAGCUCAGCGGCUUCUAUUGGGGUCCUCUGGGCGUGGAGGAAGCCCACCGCAUGCUGAGGGACGCCCCCGUGGGCAGCUACCUCAUCCGGGACAGCCGACAAAAGGAUGUGUUUUUCACGCUGUCCUAUCACGCCAAGAGCGGGCCGGUCAGCGUGCGCAUAGACUACAAGCGACAAAAGUUCUCACUGUCGGGCAACGAGCGCACUUUCCCCACACUCUUUGCCCUCUUGGAGCAUUACAUCAACGCCUCCAAAAGGCGCUUGAAGGCCCCCUACAGGAAAUGGAAGCCCACGCUGCAGGAACUCUGCAGGAGGCGCGUCAUGGAGCUCUGCGACGGAGGGGGGCAAGUCUCGGAGCUGCCACUCAGCAACGUGCUGCACGAUUUCCUGAUGGAGUUCCCUUACAAGUUAUGACUUUAUGUGUGAUCAGUGUGACCUUAGGAGGCUGCCGCCUAGAGGCCCCGCAUGGCAUUGCACCAUCCUCCUUUGGACACACAAACUGCCUUUCAACCUUGAGGAAACAUAGAGACACAGAAUUAAUAAAGGACAACUUAACAUAUUGGCAUACAGUGUCAGGUCUUGGAAGGACCUCAAUAAUAAUAAUCAUCAUAAUAAUGUGUGCCUUCUGCAGGACACAAAAAAAAGUGUGGUGGAAGGUGCGCUUAAAAGUGUUAUUUAUGUAGCCAGUUGCAAUACUCUGAAUUAUUAUUUGAAUGUUUACAUCGCAUAUGAAUGUUUUCUGGUACUGCAGAAGUUCACUGCACUGUAUCACAGAGGUAGCCCCUCUAAUUUAACCGUCUCUGCUAGGCAGAUACAUUUAUCAAUAACUACUAUUUUAUAUCUAUAUUUGUGUUUUUUAUUAAAAAAUAUUCAAACUA